AUGCGGCACAGAAAGGAUUUGGCAGACUUUAAAUCAUCAACUGGACAACCUGUGAUGCAGACACACUUUCAACAAUUAGAAAGGUCAGCAGCUACCAUUUAUACUCGGCAAAUUUUUGUGUUGUUCCGUUCAAUGCUCCACAAGGCCAGCACAUUGAAGGUAAUAUAUGAAGAAGAAACGAGUUCUUGCAAGAUUUAUCAGGUGUCAAAAUUUUACAAGCCUAACAUGAUAUGGCAUGUGUCUUUUCAUGGAGAGCAAGAUGAAUUUAAAUGCUCAUGCAUGAGAAUGGACUCCAUAGGUAUUCCAUGUAGUCAUAUACUUGCUGUUUUGGAUUUUCUAGACAUUGCAGAGCUGCCAAAAUCAUUAGUGCUGCGAAGAUGGACUAAAAAAGCGAAGGAAGGCAUUAGUGGGUAUGAUGACAUGGGCGGCUUGAUGGAGGAUUCCUUGGCUAUCAAUCGGCGUGCAUGUUUGGCACAUUGGUGUAAACAAAUUAUGAACGAAGGGUGCCUAAAAGGGGAUAUUUUUAAUGAAUCACGAGAUGCAUUGGUAAAUAUACUUUCAUGUAUUAGGGCUCAUAGCGGGGACAAUAACAUGAUGGAGGAGCAUGCGGAAUACAUGUAUGAAGACCUUGCAAAGAAUGGAAGUACUGAGAUAGAGACCACAAGGAAGCCUAAGCGUUGCAGCUACUGUCGCAAGGGGGGCAUAACAUUGCUACGUGUUCCAUGA